UUUUCAACACUUACAAGCUGUGUCAAAGAACUUACUAUUUCUUUAAAUAUCUUGUGUUCCCUGGGAUGUAAAAUGUGGGUAAUGUCGAGUUGGAGUGAAUACUAAAUGUAAAUAAUGCAUGUGACAUGCUUAGCUCUAUAUUUGGCACCUAAGUAAACAAUAAGUUUGUUGGCUAUUAUUAUUAAAGACGUUGGUUUCUCUACUGAUAUCAUCAGAGAUGGGCCUCAUGCUCAUUAAAGUUCCUUCCUUUGCGACCUAUUUCCACUCUGGCCACAAUAAUAACUAAUUAUAGCAGAGGCCUGACCCGACUUUUGACCUGGGGCCUCUUCUCCACACCGAAAAUUUCAAAUCAUGACCCAGGGUCCAUCCUGGAAGUGUGCCAUCUAUAUUUAUGAAUGGAGCCUAAGCAAAAAUCUGAAAACCAAGCCGCCCUGGGCAGCUGAGCCUAGUAUAGCAACCGACGCCGGCGCCUGUUGCUAAGGGAAACGAAAAAAAAAAUUGUGGUCCGUCAGCUAUUGCUCUCCGGCGCCAGCUACUUCCGAUCUCCCUAGGCGCGGUCCUGCGGUCUACCUUCCCCCGAGGUGCUGGGACUGCGGCUGCUGUCUCGGGAACCUUCGUAGCCCUCGGUCCGGCGGCGGCGGCGGCAGUAGCGGCGGAGGCGGCUUCAGGCCUCCGGUGCGGCCGCAAUGCUGAGCUCCCGGGCCGAGGCGGCGCUGACUGCGGCGGACAGGGCCAUCCAGCGCUUCCUGCGUACCGGAGCGGCUGUCAGAUAUAAAGUCAUGAAGAACUGGGGAGUCAUAGGUGGAAUUGCUGCUGCUCUGGCAGCAGGAAUAUAUGUUAUUUGGGGUCCCAUUACAGAAAGAAAGAAGCGUAGAAAAGGGCUUGUGCCUGGCCUUGUCAAUUUAGGGAACACCUGCUUCAUGAACUCCCUGCUUCAAGGCCUGUCUGCCUGUCCUGCUUUCAUCAAGUGGCUGGAAGAGUUCACCACUCAGUACACCAGGGAUCAGAAGGAGCCCCCCUCACACCAGUAUUUAUCCUUAACACUGUUGCACCUUCUGAAAGCCUUAUCCUGCCAAGAAGUUACUGAUGAUGAGGUCUUGGAUGCAAGCUGCUUGUUGGAUGUCUUAAGAAUGUACAGAUGGCAGAUCUCAUCAUUUGAAGAACAGGAUGCUCACGAAUUAUUCCAUGUCAUUACCUCAUCAUUGGAAGAUGAGCGAGACCGCCAGCCUCGGGUCACACAUUUGUUUGAUGUGCAUUCCCUGGAGCAGCAGUCAGAAAUAACUCCCAAACAAAUUACCUGCCGCACAAGAGGGUCACCUCACCCCACAUCCAAUCACUGGAAGUCUCAACAUCCUUUUCAUGGAAGACUCACUAGUAAUAUGAUCUGCAAACACUGUGAACACCAGAGUCCUGUUCGAUUUGAUACCUUCGAUAGCCUUUCACUAAGUAUUCCAGCUGCCACAUGGGGUCACCCAUUGACCCUGGACCACUGCCUUCACCACUUCAUCUCAUCAGAAUCAGUGCGGGAUGUUGUGUGUGACAACUGUACAAAGAUUGAAGCCAAGGGAACAUUGAACGGGGAAAAGGUAGAACACCAGAGGACUACUUUUGUUAAACAGUUAAAACUAGGGAAGCUCCCUCAGUGUCUGUGCAUCCACCUACAGCGGCUGAGCUGGUCCAGCCACGGCACGCCUCUGAAGAGGCAUGAGCACGUGCAGUUCAAUGAGUUCCUGAUGAUGGACAUUUACAAGUACCACCUCCUUGGACAUAAACCCAGUCAACACAACCCUAAACUAAACAAGAAACCAGGGCCUACCCCGGAACCCAGUGAAUACAACCCUAAACUGAACAAGAACCCAGGGCCUACACUGGAGCUGCAGGACGGGCCGGCAGCACCCACACCAGUUCUGAAUCAGCCAGGGGCCCCCAAAACACAGAUUUUUAUGAAUGGCACUUGCUCCCCAUCUUUAUUGCCAACGCUGUCAGCGCCGAUGCCCUUCCCUCUCCCCAUUGUUCCCGACUACAGCUCCUCCACAUACCUCUUCCGGCUGAUGGCAGUUGUCGUCCACCAUGGAGACAUGCACUCUGGACACUUUGUCACUUACCGACGGUCCCCACCUUCAGCCAGGAACCCUCUCUCAACCAGCAACCAGUGGCUGUGGGUCUCCGAUGACACUGUCCGAAAGGCCAGCCUGCAGGAGGUCCUGUCCUCCAGCGCCUACCUGCUGUUCUAUGAGCGCGUCCUUUCCAGGAUGCAGCACCAGAGCCAGGAGUACAAGUCUGAAGAAUGACUGCUCUCCUGUGAGGCUAGAGCCGAUGGCUCUGUCUCACUGUCCUGGAAAAGUAAAACUUACUGAGUGUGCAAGCAGCCCCACUAGAGCCUUCCAGCCUUCUGGUGUGUUCUAAGAGCAGGCUCCACCUGGGAGCCAGCCCCAAUUCAUACCAAAUCAGGCUCCCUGAACAACUCUGUUCAUGUGUGUACACGGUUAAGAAAGCAUUCGUUAUGUCUAGAGUGUCUUUACUCAUCUGAUACAGGUAAUUUAAAAAAUUCAGAUUCUUGAAGCUGCUCUUUUCAUAUUGUAAUGUCAGUUGUUCUCAGAGGGGAGGUACCUUUGUCUAAUCCUCCCACAUUUCCACAUAGAUCUUUUAUUUUUAAUAAUCAGGCCCAUUCAAAAUUGACAAGAAUUAGUGAAAUUAUUAAAGGCAAAAAUUUAGAAGAAAAAGUGCCUUUCACUUUCGAUUGCUUUUGUAACACGUCCAUUCUGAAAUAUUCCUUCCAGGUCACUCAAAGGACAGCAAGAGAACAGGUCAAAGUUGCCUAGAGAACACCUUCCUUUUUCUAUGCCUUUUCUAACCUUUCCAUUCUUUCUAUGGAGUCAAGGUUCAUCUGCCAAAUCUGCCCCCUGGGGAAACUCUUUCACUACUUUGCCAGUUAUAAGUGAAAAGCUUACUUGUUGCUUUUAUCUUUUGUAUGUUGGACUGAGAUUUUUUUAUAGUGUAUUAUAAAACUGAAUAGCCAGAACUGAGCAGUAUCUUUGGAACACCUGAUUCUUCUGCUGUGGAAAACUCUUUCUAACACAAGGAUCCACUGUGGAUGGUUACUUUCAUCUGUUUAUUUAUUGCCAUGCAGAGCUCUUAAGGUUUACGGGUAGGAGCUUGGGGCUGUAUAAAAAGACAAUCCCUGCCCCGAGUUGACAGCUGGCUUAGGAAGGAAGGGCUGACCAUGGGGCUGCAGUCUCCAUGGACCUCAGUUUCUUCAUUUGUGAAGUGAAGGGUUAGAGUUGACGACCAGCCCUUUCCACAGAAGAAAGCAGCUUUUGACUUUUCAACACAUAACUCCAGCUGACAUCUAGUAUUGUCAUGUCCAUAUUCCAAAUUUAUUCCUUUCCAGCUUUUCAACAUGUAACUCCAGCUGACAUCUAGUAUUGUCACGUCCAUAUUCUAAAUUUAUUCAUUUCCAGUAGCCUAAUACAAAGAGUAUGUAUUGAGCACUUUCUUCCCUUUUCAGGUAAGUCUCUGAAUGCAGCCCAGGGCCAAAGGAAUUUUGAUAACACAAUAGUACCUAUGUUUUAAGCUAGAUUUUUAAUUAAAAAAGAAAAUGGGUGCCAAAUUCAAACCGACUCAUCAGAGUUCAGAUUUGGAAUCAGACAUAUCCAAAAGGUCCCCUGAGAUAAGGCUAAGACCUGUGCUUCCUCGGCUGGGGGCGAGCUGGCAGACGCACCAAACAGUGCCUUGGCAGCAGCUCAUGGUGCAGGAAGCCCUGGUGAUCACUUGUCUGCUGGGUCCAGACGACACCCUGAGGACUCAGGAACUCUUGCUCUCAACAGAAUAGACUAUGUAGGCUCUCCAGGCCCUGGGCGUCAAGGUGGAAGGGGCAGCUUGAACUAUGUGUCCGUUCUGCACUUGCCCAUCGCAGACCUUGGCUUUGAUAUUGAAAUGAACGCACCUGUUUUACCCAAGUCUGGUGGAACAAAUGCCCAAUCAUGUGACCUUAAAGUAUACUGCAAAGCUGUAGCUUUAAGUGAUUGCUGUUCUGCCACUGCUAACUCUUUGAAAUCUACCAUUAAAGAAAAGAUGGAGAAAAGGAGCUGAGCCUUGGAACAUACAGUUGUAAGCAGAUCUUUCUUUGCUCAGAGGCCAGGGUUUCAGCCAAGGCUGUAAAUGUGAACAUCUGUGCAAAGUCUUUUAACUUGACUUCUUUUGUAAAUUAUUAGGCAUUAAGUAGCAGCCCAAUAAUCUAAAGAUUUCUAGUUUUAAGUUAUUUUCAAAGUAAGUAGUUCUUUUGGGGAAAACCUAAGUUAAACUAGUAGUUUUUGCCAUAACUGCUGACAUAUGUAUUUGCUAAAGGUACUUUUGUAUCUGCUGUGUAUUAUAGCAAUAAAAUAAUCAUUUUGUUAGGAAAAGAA